UGCAAUUAAAGACUUCAAAAACAUACUCAAGCAAAGUAGAUUGGUGGAUAGUGUAUACAAUGCUGAAUCUCAUCAUCCUGAUUCUUUACCUCCAAGCGGAUCGUGGGGUGGCUGCAGAAAAGACAUGGACGGUAGAAAUUCCUGAAUCUGUGACUGGGUUGAAGAGCUCCUGUGUUGUAGUCCCAUGUAGAUAUGACUAUCCACACCAAGGAAAAUCCAUCAGCAGCUGGAAAGGACGUUGGUACCUUGCUCCAAAUGAUGUCUAUGUGUAUGACCAAGAUUCUUCAACAGUGGAUGCUCGUUACCAGACGCGCACCGCAUUGGUAGGGGAGUUACGUGAAAAGAAUUGUUCACUUCAGAUAACUGACAUUAAGAAGAAUGACCAAGGACAAUAUUGGUUUAGAAUUAUGAUGGAAGGAUACAAUUCCUACUCCUAUUCUGAAAAAAAAAUUACCAUCUCAGUCAAAGAUGAGCCCAACCGUCCAUCAAUAUCUGGAGUGAUAAAGGAAGUGAGGUCUGGAGAAAUUGUGACUGUUUCCUGUUCCGCGUCUCAUUCCUGUCCCCCUCACCCUCCCACCAUUACCUGGAGCCGUGACGGCAGGGUCACCGUCCAAUCAGAGCCACUGACAGGGGGACAACAUAAACUGACCUCCAGCUUGUCCUUUAAUGCCAACGCUUUGGACCACCAACAGCCAAUCACAUGCUCUGUACAGCAUCAUGGUGGGAAGAAAGCCAUCAACUCUGUCAUCCUCAAAGUGACAUAUGCCCCAGUUAAUGUAACAAUUUCCCCACGGGAACCCUCUGUGCUUGAGAACGGCUCUAUCAGCUUAAGCUGCUUGGCUGAAGGAAAUCCUGAAGUUGACAGCUACCAGUGGCGCAAUGGGAGUGGGCCUCUGUCUGUACAGGGCAAAUCCCUCACGUUGUCCAGUGUCACCAGACGCAUCCACGCCAUUACCUGUGUGGCCAGGAACCGUGAGGGAGAGACUGCUUCCAGACCCGUGAGGAUUAAUGUGGAAUAUCCUCCAGAAAUAUCUGAGCAGUCUUUCUGCACGAAAGGCCACUCAGGCACUCAGUGCAGCUGCACUGUCCAGUCCAAUCCCCCUUCCAUUGUGCGGUGGGUCUGGGACCAUGGAGAGAAUGAAUCUCCUCAGAUAAAGAAUGGCACAACGGCUGUGGCAAUGGCCCUCCUUCCACCCAAUCUUCACCAGGCAGUGUGCAUGGCCAGUAAUAAACAUGGCAAUGCAAUGAAAAUACUCAUCAUCAAAAAUGACCUGCUGAAUGUCUAUGUAUCAGUGGGCGCAGGCUGCGCUUUGAUCCUCUUUCUGACCGUCAUCUGUCUCAGUCGCAGGAAGCGCUGUAGGCAACAGCAGCAGAAUUUGGAAAGAGAAAAUUCUAGGAAGAAAUGUGAAAAAGAAAAACAUGUCUACAAUUCACAAGAGAUAAAAGGAGGAAAACCAUGCUGUGUAGUGGAUGAAGAUUUGUAUGGUAAUGAAGCUAUGCAGGAUGCUGACGACGAUGGAGAGAUCUAUGCAAACAAUUGUCAUGGAUGCGGUGAAGACGAUGACAUUUACGCCAAUUGCUAGAGCCAGUGGAUACAACAAGAGGCGUCUAUCCAACUGCUGCAGUCCCAAGACCACCAGAGGCCCCGUGAGUGGAACUCUGUAAUCCGACGAUGCACAUCUCACAAAAAAAAAAAGUGUAAUAAUAUUUGUCACUUUUUUGCCAAUACAGUGCUUUUUUUUCCAUGUACAUAUGUUAGCAGUUAGUACCCAGAUUUGAUAAAAAAAAAAAAUUCUUUUUUUGCUUCUACAUUGUUUUUUCAUGUACAUUUGUUAGCACGCAGAUUUGAUAAAAGUCACAUCUUUAUCAUGAUAUAGUUUAUCAUUUGAAUACUUGAAUAUACUACAUAAUAUUGAAUAGACUAAUAGAAAUAUGAAGUAAUACCAGAAACCAAAUGGACUGAAUUACUGUAUAGAUUCAUCUGCAAUAUCAAGUAAAUGUUCUGAUCUUUCAAAUACGUUUUUAAGGAAUUUUUCUGACUGUAUUGCCUAUUUUAGUCUUAGCAAUAAUUUGAGUUUAAACGUGUGUAUGUUUAAUGUACUGUCAAAAGAAAUCAUACAUUUAGUUGUAUAAUGCUGACCUGUUCAACUGCUCAAUCAUUUAGCACCAACAUCUCUCAUGGAUAAAAAGCCUGUGAAAAUGUAAGGACUGUGUAGAUUGCCUACACUUUCAGUGAACGCUUGCUCCUGUCUACAAGGUGUUUGAGGCGAACCAGCUCCCUUUCUACUGCAAAACAAGUCAGGGAUGCAUUCGGAGAGAACAAUCAAGUUGAGAGUUUGCAGAAAGUGAAAAAGCAGAGCUGGAAGUCUGUUUUAUUUCUUGUUGCUUUCCCAUGUCUGUCACACAGCCGUGGGUCACACAGAGGUGGUUGCAGUUGAUAUGUAAAUAUGUGUUCGAGUAGAAAAUGGUCUGGUCUUAUUUAGCACAGUGAUUCCCAGACUUGUCAUGGUAGGUCUCCCCAUCACCAUGGUAUAGAAUAUGAAAUGCCCAUACCAGCCAGUUAAUAAUAAUAAUAAUAAGAAUAAGAAUAAUAAUUAUAAAAACAAACUUAAACAUAGUCUGUACAUUUCAACUGUAAAUAUAUCCAAUUUAAUUAAUUAGUUAAACUAAUAAUCAUUUUUAAAAAAGCUGUCAGUUGUGGCAUAGCUUUUGUUAACAUUGUGUCUGCAUUUGACUAGAUUGAUCUUUUCCCAUUUCAUUUCCUGAAUCAGUUCAAUGGCAUAUUUUAUCAAUUAAACGUUUUUUGAUUUGA